UUGGUCUGCAGAGUUUUGCAACAUCUCACCUUGUUGCAACCUCCAUUAUCUUGCAUUUUAAAGCUCUACUCAUAAAUUUCUUCUUACAGAAAUUAAGAAGACAUAUUUAUUAUUUAUCUACGAUAUCCAGUCAUCAAUUGUUAGGAAAAGGUAAGAAAGCUCGACAAUUUGCUCAAGACAACGAUGUUUUAAACCGGCGGCCUUGUCGGAGUGAAUCUCUUUGUGUGACGAGGAGAGCAUUAUCCUUCUUGUCAAUAAUUAAUUUUUGUUUUCAGCAAAGUGAACUCCAGUUUUUAUUGAUUUGUGUUGUGAUAAAAGUUUAGUAUUCCUUCAAAGUUUGUUUGUUCAAGUUUUCGCGAGUCGUAGUCGAAAAAUGUUUCAGUUUAAAGACUUUAGGGAAAUAAGUGUACCAGUGUACAACUUGUUCCACUGUUCAGGCUUUUCUUGGAACCCCAGGUCUGACUCAUGGACUCGGACAGUUCGUUGGAUGAGGAGCACUAUAGAGGGAGGAACCAGGGCAAACAAGAGCCGAUACCAGUCCGACCUAACGUUGAAGACAACAGUGAUGUUUCUGACGAGGAGAAUAUCUCCAGAGCUGCUCGCAGUAUAGAAUCUCCUCCUGAAUCACCGCAAGGAACUCACUUUGAAUCUCCGCCAGCGUCUCCUGACCCGGAGAACAAACCAGGUACUCCGUCUCCUAUACAGUCGCCUGAUGACAGCGCCAGCUAUGGUAGUCCUGCAAGAUCCCCCGACUCUCAAAAUGGUUCCCGGCCUCCUCGGUCACCCGACUCCUUCCAUCCCAGAAGUCCUAAAAGUCCGAGAAGUCCUAGUCCCCAGUUUGCAAACCGCUCCCCACCAAGUGAUCACGAACGUGGUCCUAGGAGCCCUACUACAAACUACCCUAGGAGUCCUAGUCCUACAUCUCCAAGUUCCCCUCAUUCAAGGAAGAGUCCACCCCAAUCUCCCGCUCCUCGCAGCAGCGGAAUUCGAUCUCCCAGCCCCAAUUCAAAUUCUAUUCGCUCUCCUUCUCCCUACCGGAACCGCUCGGUGAGUCCUAGAUCUCAGAGUUCUCCCACGAAUGUUUCUAGUCCCACCAGAUUCAAAGGGAGAAGAACUCCAAGCAACUCCCCUCAGAGCAACCGUUCUCCUCCACCACAAAGAACCAGAAAGGAUUCAAUGAGCGAUGACGGGAGAAGUAAUAUAUCUUCAGCCUCGUCGUUUGGGUCUCCCCGUCAAAGCCCGGCGCGCCCUCGUACCCCCCCGGAGAAACCGCAGAACGUCCCGAUGAAGAGUCAUGUGGAAGAUUUGUCAGAUGUCUCGGAUCUGGAAAGCCUCAACUCAAUGUCCGACGAAGAGACUGAGAAGCCUCCAUGCAAGGAGAACGGUGAAGUGCGUGCAAGUGUUAACGACUCCAAGCCUGCACCACCUGUUAGAAACAACACAUCCACUACGGGGUUGGAGGGAGAUGACACGGAGCAGUUGGACUUUGAGGCAGAGGAUAAGGAAGAAGGAGAGUGUGACGUUACUCGACCGAAGGCACCUGACACUGAGGCAGUGUUGAGUGAAGAUGAAGGAGAACUGAAGGGGGAUGAGUUAGAGGAGGGAGAGAUCACUGACGAAGGAGAGAAUCGACCAGAGGAGACGGAGCCGAGACCAAUCUGUAGAUUCUACAACAGAGGCCAGUGUACUUGGGGCUCCAGUUGUAGGUUCGUGCACCCAGGUGUGACAGAUAAAGGUAACUACACAAUGUUUGAGAUGGUGAGGCCGUUAGUUCCCGUCAAUAAUGGUCCUCCGCCCAUUUACGGACCUCCCAUGGACCCGUACCGACCAAUAGACAGACCCGUGAUUCCAAUGGGACCACCAGUAUACCAGCAGCCUAUCAUAUCCCGUAAAGAAGAACCGGUUCCUGUCGUGGAAUCUGCUUGGGAGAGAGGACUACGGCAGGCAAAGGAGAUGCUCAGGAAAUCAUCUAAGAGGAAAGAAACUGAAGUUGAUUUUGAAGAGAAGAAGAUGAACUUGUCCCUGGGCCAGGAUGAUUUGGAUAAAGAGAAUGACUAUUACACGCGGCCUGCAAGUCCAGUGAUGAUAGACGAACCAGAUAGAUGGGGAUCCAAGGCAGAGCCAGAAGCCAAGAGAUAUCGCACCAUGUCCGACAGGUUUGAUGACUACGGGGGUGGAGCCGAGGGAAUAUACUACCCUAGAUCAACAGAACAGGUCUGGCACCAGAGGCCUCACUAUGACGAGAGUAUGAGAGCUGUGUUCAGUAGCCGCAGCAGUAGCAGCAAGUACUACGCACGAGGGAGUAGGGAGAAGGAGUACUACCAAACACCUUCAUCCUCUAGUAGCAAGCGGCAGAAAUACUCGCAGAGGGAGGUGAUAGUGCAACGGCCUGAAAAAACUAACUGGAAAGAAGAUACCCCACCCGCUAAACCUAGCCGCUACACAGAGACCAGAGGAGGUGGAGGGGGGAGAGGAGACGAAUGGGCCGAUCCUUGGAUGAGGAAAAAAACAUCUUCACCUCUCACUCGCAAGCGAAAAGCAAGCUACUCAUCUGGUUCCUCGUACUCUUCUUCGAGCUCGAGUCAUAGCAGCCACAGCAGCAGCAGUUCAUACUCAAGGUCGCGGUCAAGGUCGAGUAGGUCCAGGUCAAGGUCGAAGCCUGUCCCACCCCGUCGUCUGCUCAGACCUACCUCCCCUGCUGGCAGAGGAGGUAAAGUUGCUUUGUCGCCAGCUUUGUUACCCGAGAAAAAGAUUACAACAGGAUCAAUUCUUAUGAACCCUCCUCCACCCAGCCCAAGAGGGAAGAAUAAGAAUAUGGCAGCCAAUCCGAGCCCACCUGUGGACAGACCCGGACCCGGUGUACCAGCUCGUCUAUUGGCUCACAGCAAGGCCGCCUCAGCCGUGGCCGCCGCAAUGCGCUCCGCUCGCUCCCGCUCCAAGUCCUCUCGUUCUAGUGGCUCCAGUGACUCCAGCGGAUCCUCCAGUGACUCCAGCGAGUCCAGUUUCUCCUCAUCGUCCUCAAGUAGGCCCGUCUCCCCCUCCCCGCCCGUUCGACAAAAGCGCAUCGUCAUUGAUGAAAGAGAAAGACUUGCACUGGCAACAGCUAUGAAAGUGAAAGCUAUGGACGCUCUAAAGCUCUCUGGACAAAAACAGCAAAUCAAGCUGACUCUGAAAGGAGCAGGUGACAGGACAGCAGCUCCAGUUCCAUCUAUUGGCAAAAAGAGGCUGGCAGAAUCCCCUCCUAUGGAAUUUUCCCCUCCAAAGGCUGGCACGAAAACAACACCAAAGAAAGCUGCGCCCUCGAGACGGGAAGAACUUCUGAAGCAGUUGAAAGCGGUCGAAGACGCCAUCGCACGGAAGAGGUCUAAGAUCAGUUAACUUUGCAGUCAAUAAUCUUGUCUAUAGCAGCAGACUCCAUUCCUUGUAUAUAUACAUUUGUCCAUACAUAACUUAAAAUCAUGUACGUCUUUGUUUAGAUAACUUUGUAGUGUUGAUUCUCUUGUAGCUAAGUUUAUAAGAAAUAAAUGUAAAA